AUGCUCAACCUCAGACUCGUCUUCGCAUUCGGCCUCAUCCUCCCAGCAGCGGCCUUUUUGCUGAGUUUCUUCUUCCCACAGCUCCUCGACUUUUCGGCCACGCAGUCGUCGUCACCCGAGUCAUCCACCACCGCCACCACCAGCAGCAGCACAAUGUCCUCGGUCCGCAGGGCAGCGCCGCUCAUCUUCCCGGCCAAGGGACGGCACACGGCCACCGUCAUCUUCGCGCACGGCCUGGGCGACUCCGGCGCGGGAUGGGCUGAUGCCGUCGAGCGCUGGCGCCAGAGGCAGAACCUGAGCGAGGUCAAGUUCAUCUUGCCCAACGCGCCCGUCAUCCCCAUCACCGUUAACAAUGGCUACCCGAUGCCUGGCUGGUUCGAUAUUACGAGCCUCGGCGCCGCCAUCACCUCGAUAGAGGCCAAGCUCAACGAGGACACGGCCGGCAUCCUCGAGUCGCGCAAGUACCUGCACUCGCUCAUCCAGGACGAGGUCGCCGCGGGCAUCCCCAGCGAGCGCGUCAUCCUCGGCGGCUUCUCCCAGGGCGGCGCCAUGAGCAUCUUUGCGGGCCUCACCGCGCCCUUCAAGAUUGCCGGCAUCGUCGGCAUGUCGUCGUGGCUGCUCCUGCACCAGACGUUCAAGCAGCACGUCCCGGAGGACGACGUCAACAAGGGGACGCCCGUCCUCAUGGCCCACGGCGACAGGGACCAGAUGGUCCGGUACCCGCUGGCGCAGGGGUCGGAGCGCCUGCUCAAGGCCAUGGGCUACGACGUGACGCUCAAGACGUACAGCGGCAUGGAGCACUCUGCGUGCUUGGAGGAGCUGGAUGAGGUCGAGGCCUUUAUCAAGGCCAGACUACCGCCCAAGGGCAACUGA